GGGAGAGCCUCUCCAGACUCGGGAGGGAGGUUGGCUCAGAAAAGAAAAACGGAGUUGAGAGAAAUGAAAUGGUGAGAGGAAGCAUUAAACUUCUCAAGGAUGCUGGGUCUGGACUCAGCAAGACCCUCUCUGAGAUCCUCGUCUGCCCGCUUUCCAAACAACCUCUAAGGUUUUGUGAGGAAACGAAUUCCCUAGUCAGUGAUUCAAUUGGUGUCUCCUUUCCUAUAAAGGAUGGGAUUCCUUGCUUAGUACCAACAGACGGCAAGGCCCUUGACCUUGAGGCCGAUAAUACAAUAAAACCCGAAGAUGCUGUGACAUCAUCAGUCGAACACGAGGCAGAUCGAGGAGGCAGUCACUAGGUUGAAUUUUGAGACUUGUGGUAUUGUCACAAAGUGAGUUACAAUUGCAAAUUCUCAUAUGUGUCUCCUUUUUUAAGCUUUUUUUGUUGAACUGAGUUCUUCAUUAAUAGUAAGCAGAUGGAAAGGUCACAUGAUUAAAUUUUCUUAAAGUGAAUUCUUAUUGUCACAAAGUGAGUUACAAUUGCAAAUUCUCUUAUGUGUCUCCUUUUUUAAGCUUUUUUUGUUGAACUGAGUUCUUCAUUAAUAGUAAGCAGAUGGAAAGGUCGCAUGAUUAAAUUUUCUUAAAGUGAAUUCUUAUUCCAUUUGUGAGGAAAUUGCCUGAGGAAUUUUGUAUGGCUUGUGACCCGAUAACUUACGAAUGAUUUCUGUGCUU